AAGUGAGAUUCAGUCAUAUGAAAGACUAAACAAGAAAGAUGCUUACUGAGUAAGGUGGGAUCCAACAAGGGUGUAGUACAGAAUGCAACAAUUUAUGAAUUACUUUUUUCUAAGGUAGCUAAACAUAACAACAUUUAAUGAAGAAAGGCAAACUUACCUAUCUGGUAUAUUUGUGAUUCCUGAUGAUUAAUUACUUGAAGAUUAAUACAUUUGAAAUUCACCAGUCUUAGAAAUGGAAGAAAGUGAUGAACCUGAUCAGCCUAUCUCAGCAGGGAGGCAAGAAAUUCGAAAGAGAAGACGACCCAGUCAACCAAUGGUAGAUAAAUCCCAGCAGACCGAAGUGACAGAGAAAAAGAAAAAUUUGCCUAUAUCACAAUCAUCUGGCCCUAAAGUGACCCUUAGUAUUGGUAACAUUCCUGGAAGUAAAGUCAAUGGUGAGCCUUUCAGAGUAUCUUCUCAACUUCGGCAAAGUUGGACAAAGCGAAAGCAUGUACAGGAUAUGACUGAUAAAUCUCUGCAAACAGACACUAUUGUAGAAGAGAAAAAAGAAGAAAUCAAACCAGUUGGUGAAACAGUGGUAUCUGAAGAAAUGUCAGCUGCUCUUGGAGAAGCAGUCCCUGAAUUUCCAGAAAGUGUUCAGGAAGUAGAAAUUCUGACAAGCAGACACUCCAUUCAAUUCAAAAUAGACAGAUCUCAGCAGACCAGUUGUACUGGAGACUGGACAAUGAUGAACAUUCCUCAAAAAGAAACAGUGGACAGAGAACAGCAGACAUACUUUAGUGAAUCAGAAAUAGUGGUAAUUGGUAGGCCAGAUAGCUCUUUUUCAAAGUCAAAUGAAGUUGUGCAGAAACGUAAAUCCUCAGGGAAGAUUUUCAUUAGUGAACAUCCUGAAUUGCAACCCUCAACAAGUAGAGAUGAAGCAAUUAGGCAGGUAGGUAUUAGCAGAUCUUCAUUUAGUCAGCAAAGCAAAAAAGGUAGUUUGGUACCUUUAGAAGAUGAGCAGUACGUUCUAGGUGAGGUCCAGCCUCCCAUUGCAGAGGAGGUCUCUGCUGAAGUGCAACCUACACCAGCUGUGGACAUUAUUGCAGGAAAGUCCUCUACUGAACUUCAGCCUCCACAAAUUGAGGAGGCUCCAGCAGAAAAGGGCCCUGCCAAAGUACAGCCAAGCCUGGGUGAAGAGUCUCUUUCAGAAGGGCCUCUUGCUGAAGUUCAGUCUCCAAAAGUUGAAGAAGCUCCUGUACAGCCUUUCCCAGAUGAGGAGACUCCUGAAGAAGAGGCCCCUGCUAAAGUAGAGUCUAUCUCUGCUGAAGAGGCUUUUUCAGAAGAGCCUCUAUCAGCUGUAGAGGCCCCUACAGAAGAGGCCUCAGCUGAAGUUCAGUCUCCACCAGCUGAAGAGGCCCCUGCAGAGGAGGCCCCAGCUGAAGUUCAGUCUCUACCAGCUGAACAGGCCCCUGCAGAGGAGGCCCCAGCUGAAGUUCAGUCUCUACCAGCUGAAGAGGCCCCUGCAGAGGAGGCCCCAGCUGAAGUUCAGUCUCCACCAGCUGAAGAGGCUCCUGCAGGAGAGGCCCCAGCUGAAGUUCAGUCUCUACCAGCUGAACAGGCCCCUGCAGAGGUGGCCCCAGCUGAAGUUCAGUCUCUACAAGCUGAGGAGUCCCCUGCAGAGGAGGCCCCAGCUGAAAAUCAGUCUCCACCAGCUGAGGAGACCCCUACAGAGGAGGCCCCAGCUGAAGUUCAGUCUCCACCAGCUGAGGCCCAAGUUGAAGUUUAUUCUCCACCAGCUGAGGAGGCCCCAGUAGAAGAGGCCAGAGCUGAGGUUCCGUUUCCACCAGCUGAGGAGACCCCUGCAGGGGAGGCUCCAGCUGAAGUUCAGUCUCCACCAGCUGAGGAGUCCCCUGCAGAGGAGGCCCCAGCUGAAGUUCAUUCUCCACUAGCUGAGGAGGUCCCUGCAGAAGAGGCUCCAGCUGAAGUUCAGUCCCCACCCGCUGAAGAGGCCCCUGCAGAGGAGGCCCCAUAUGAAGUUCUGGCUCCACCAACUGAGGCCCCAGCCGAAGUUCAGUAUCUACCAGCUGAGGAGGCUCCUGAAGAAAAUACCUCAUAUGAAAUUUGGUCUCCAUCAGCUGAGGAGGCCUCUGCUGAACUUCGGUCUCCAUCAACUGAAGACACUACUUUAGAAAUGGUCUCUGUUGACAAACAGUUUCCAGAAGCCAAGGAGGACUUUAUUACACAAAUCUCUGUAGAAAAUGACCUUAUUCCACCAUCUGAACAAACUGCUGCAUAUGAGGUUCUGGUAGACCAUGUGUCUACUGAAUAUCAAAAUCUCCAGGCUGAUGUCCCAGGGAUAAAAUUAGAAUCAAAGGUUUUGGAAGAUCAGCAAAAACUCGAAGGGCCUUUGGAACUGGAUCCUGUCCCUGAUGAUUUGUCUAAUAUCAAGAAAGAACAGGUUCCUACCUUUGAAAUAGAGGGUGUCAUCCAUGUACAACUAGAAUAGAGGCCUCUUCCUCAGCUCUAGUUAGCUCUUAACUAAGCUAGCAAUCAGAAGCUACAGGCUUCUGGACAUACACACUUAAGAAAAGUAUAGGUAUCUGGAAGUAAAUACCUAAAAGGAAAUCCCAAGAUGUGGGCUGCUGGCUGGAAAACGAACAAUAAAAACUAGUGGUUUAAAAUUA